UCGUCGCGCCGCGCGUCGCGUUCGUGAACCGCACCGUAGACACGAAACCGUACACAUAUCAAAUUUCAAAACGAAAAUUUGAUAUAGUCGUCGAUUUGUGGAAGUGAUUAAAAGUUUUGCGGGUUUACCGGUAAUUUUAGAAGUUUUAACGUAUAGUUUCAUUUUGGUUUUGUGCUUUACGUUUGUUAUUUACGUAUGUGUUUUUGUUUUUUACAAGUGAUUCUUUAACGGCCUCUGUUUUAGUAACGAAAAUGUAGAUUGAUGAAAGUAGGUAACGUCUACUUUUAUUAAAAAGUACGAUGUCUAUUGACCAGGCAUCACCACUGGUGCCCAUCAAGCCUCAGAUCGCGUUGCAAAACAGUGCAUUUAUAAAGAACAGUCAUAAUAGGAGCAGUUUCUGCGGAGUGACUCCAUCGCCAACGAAUGGCAACAGAACGUUCAAAACUUUCUCUGUAAAUCGCAAGAGUUGGAGUGGAAACGUAACUCUUCCGCUUCAACAGUAUGCUCUAGAUGAACCGGCGCCGAAGCUUGGGACAUUUCGCUCCGGGACAGGAACUUUUCCCAGAAACCGGGAACGGAACAAUAACAGUGCCUCCAACGGAAUAUUAACACCUAACGGGAACUCCGUGCAAACGCUCAAAGGAAAUGAAGUGAGGAGGAGCGGAUGCUCUAACGGCCGACGCUACGCUGAGAUCGGAAACUGGAGCAAAAGAAAUGCAACGUUCCUUGAGCCGCAUCUUCAAGGGGUGAGGCGACGCGAUAGUCGAAGCUCCGACUCCGAACACGAUGAGAGAUCAACUGAGGAUGACGAACGAUCGCUCAUUCGCAGCUCACCACGAACAAGGCUACCGCCUCCUCCGCCCCCACCGCCAGACGACGAGCCCCCGCCGAUGAAACCUCGCGAGUUCUUUGAAAGAUUACAAAGCCAAGCGAUGAAAGAAGCCCAAGAUAGAAAACAGAAAAGAGAACUCAAAGAAUCGAAUCAUCUAUUUCGGCCCUUGGACGCUGACGGUAGCCUAGGAGACAGUCUGAGCCAGAGUCGAGAGAGUCUAUCAUCAGACGGAGAAGGGGCCAAAGGGGAUUGUUCCUCAGUGGGAUCUUCAGGAUCUGAGUCAGAAGAGCAGCCACCAUGCGACAUCGGUUUGCUGGAAAGGCUAAUCAGAACACACCCGGUCUGGUUUCUUCCGGGAAUUCAGCGUGCUGGUGCCUUUCAUCUUUUACAAGGAAAAGAAGAAGGAAACUUUGUAGUUCGCCAAUCGAGUCAGCCUGACACGAUGGCGAUCAGCGUCCGGCUGCCCGCAGAUAAAGGGCCGUAUAUAGAGCACUAUCUGAUACAAGCAUCGAGCGGCCGCAUUGGUCUCGAAACUUCACACAAUCGCUUCGACAAUAUACCUGAACUGAUCGCACAUUAUUCUCAAUGCUGCGAUGAGCUACCAGUGCAACUUCAGUUGCCAAGGCCGCUUCGAGAAGCAAAGAGUCGUCACCAGUUAAGUUCUCUUGCUUUGCUUGGGCAAGAGUUUUGGGGCUAUCCAAUGGCCAAUCCAAAAAAUAACCCGAAUAACCUACUCUCACCCAGUCAGCUGGCUAAUGGAGCAAUACCAAUGGCUGUCACACCAUCAGAUACUGGAUCUAGUCUUAGCAGUUUUAAUGCAAGUACAGUGGCAAACUCUCGAGAGCAAAUUUUAAGCCCAGAUAAGGAUCAGAAUGUAAUUUUAAAAAUGUCACCCGUAGACACUUCGGGCUCCCCACCGAGUCAAAGCCAGAGCCUAAGUACGUUUAAAGGUAGAACUGCCCCAUCACCACCAGCUAAACCGACUGGAACAUUUGUCAGAGCACCGCGACCAACCCCACCAAAUACUUUAAAUCUAAUAUCCAGUACUGCGCAUAUAACUCAUCCUCACACAUUUCCUACUACAAACGCGCCACAUUCCCCGACUCAUUCCAAUAACGUUAAAACGACUCCGCCGCCUCCUCCUCCCCGAUGGGCGAAACCACCUUUUCCAAAGAUAUCCUUGUCCCCUAAAUCAGAAGCUUUUAGUCCAAUUAACAAAGCUACGAGUGGGAAUAUAAUUGUCACGACAACAGUUACUUUUAGUGUAAAUAAUACACAAAUACACAAUCAUCAAAUUAACGAAAGCAUUCAAAGUGACCGGUUGCAACUAACGCUUGCGUCUAAUAGCCUAAAUAAUAAUAGUUCUGAUGCUAUGUUCAGCAUUAUGGACGGAGCGAAAAGCUUAACUGACUCUAACGGAGAACUGCAGAAUAUGAUGCACCGUCUGACACCAGAAGGAGAAUGUAUAAGUACAAUGUCAGCUAGUUUACACGGCAGCUUUAAAAGGCAGAUCAUUGAACAAAAUAACACCGAAGCUGGAUCUCCGCUAGAAUCUCAGUCUCAGACGAAUACCUCUGAAUCGGUCGAUCCCAUAGCAAAUACUUUGACAAAAUCAAGUGUUCCCUUCCCUUCUAAUCAAUUAGUAUCUCCAAAUGGGACCAAUUCUGUCACCAGUGGCAUUUUUUCUCCGACAAGUCAAAUCAAUUCACCAGUAUCUAAUGAUACUAUUUCAUCUAAAAGUGGAAUAUUCUCACCAAUAAGUCAGACUAAUAAAAGUGAAGUUUUUUCUCCUGUUUCCCGAAGCUCACCUAUAUCAAAUAAAAAUGUUUUUUCUCCUACUUCAAAUAAUUCUAUAACGUCACCUAUGACCGGUAAAGAUAGAGAAAAAGUAUUAACUCCCAAUACUAAUACUACAAGCUCUACGCCUUCUGGUCGAUCGAGGAGGAGUAAACACUCCAUGCGCAAGGAGUCCAGACAUUAUCAGGAAUCAGAUAUCCUUGAAUCACCGGGGGUAUAUUACAGAAGUUCUUUGAUGGAUAAAGUAAGUGAUUAUGAAGAUAUUUGGGGACCAGAAAGUAAUAACUGUUCAACAUUUAAACCACUUAAGUCUGAAAAUGAUAAUAAUAAUAUAAAUAGUGGUCUCAUGAAAAGUAAGAGACCGGAUCUUCUGCCGGAUACACUGCCAAAACUGAACGCAGCAAAGAGCACUCAGUCAAUAGUAGAAAAAGAAAACAUGAUUCUGCUCAAUUCAGUGGAAAGUCUGAAUGAAAAACGAAAUCUCUCAGACAAUUCUCUUAAAAAAAGCUUUAACGGUUCCAACGAAAUUAUAGCAACUACAAACAGUAAGGGUGACGUCGUAGCAAAGCGACCUGACAAGCUUAAUAUUGUUAUGAAUAUGAAUAAGAAAUUAACCGAAGAGAUUGAAGCUACUUUGAAAAUAAGAGAAAAUCAUAACAUAGAGAGUAUGGAAACGGUUAAAAUGGAGGACGACUAUAUUAAACGUGAUGACUCUGAGAAAGAGCACGCAGGCAGCCCUUUUUAUGCUGAUCCUGUAGAUGCAAUUAAAGAAGCCGCUCUACUUCCCGUACAACGACGAAAGUUAUUAAGAUCUGCUGUGAACCUCUCACAGAGAUAUUCGGAGCCACCAUCUCAAAAUCAUCCUUAUUAUCCUCUUCGAGAUAUGCAUAGUAUCGAAGAACUUUCACCGUCUUCUCCAAACACUUCAACGUCAGUAGAUAAUCUGGUGUCAUUAAGGUGCAAGCCCAAGAUGAAGGCGGUGGAGCCGCCACGUGUGGCUGCCAAGCCGCCCAGCGGCAGGAACGAACACACUUGGGCCGUUGAUUCCAGUUGGCAAUUCAUCAAUAAGAAUGACGAGUGCUCAAAUAGCGAGAGUGGGACAUUCCCUUCACUCGUCGAGCAAGAGAGCCGGUUGAGUGGAGUGGACGACGGGGUGCAACAUUUGACUGUACACCAAGUAGUCGCACAGCGAUUCCCGGAGCUACGUUUGAACGCAGAGCCGGCAGCGCUGCCGGAAGAGGUGCGUUCUCCACCGCGCGCGUCGUGUUAUGAUAACGUUCACGAUCUUAGACCAUUAUCUGAACAAGCAAGUGACGAUGGCACGGUCUUCUCUGAGCCAUGGGACAGUUCGCAAUGGGAUGGACUUAUACCACCUACAAACGUCCAGCAGAACUAUGAUGCCGAUGAACCGUGUGAGUGGGAAUCACCAAUACCACGCCGAGGGCCAACGGCAGUCACGCGAGCUAAGAGCUUCCGGGACAGGCUAGAUCCUCUACUAGCAGCGGGUCGUGUCCGCGCACUGCGCGGCGGACGCUCGACGCGAGGCGCCGGCGCAGCGCUUCGGGCGUACGCGCUACAUCUCGCGCAGGACAAGAGUACAACGUUCGCACAGAAUGUUGAUAACUUCAUCGCCUGCACUUUGGAUUCCAAGGAAACUUGCCCUCAGAUAAUGAUGCGCAAUAUGAGGCAAUUUAUGUCCGGAAUGAAGAAUUAUCUCGUGAAACAUGGUGAGAGGGAAUUUGAAAAGGAGGUGGAGAAAGAACGACUUAAGUUGAAACCAACGGAAUUCCUAAACUUGGACGCGAUAUUGGAAGGCGUGAUGCAUAGGCUGGUAGUUCGUCCGUUGCGGUCGAAGCUUUACACUUUACUUGCUUCGUGGCAUUCUGCUGAUGUACGACAGUUGCAUUCCGCUAUUGAAAGAGCGCAACAUGCAACACCUCUGCAGUUAGGAAUUAAAGAAUCCACAAAGAUACCUUCAUCGGCAGUCUUAGCAGUCAUCUCAAAACAUUUCCUGAAGAUGCAAGAAGCUGAUUCUCCGUUGGACAAACUUGAAAACCUUCUGGCGGCUAUAUCGGUCAUGUUUAAUGCGAUCCGCGGUGAACGUACGCUCGGUGCUGAUGACCUCCUCCCCGUUCUCGCGUGGACGGUCGCUCGCUGUCGGCUAGUGUGCGCAGAGCUGGAGGCGGAACUGAUGGCGGGCCUGCUGCCGGCCGCCCUACUCGCCGGCGAGGGGGGCUACUAUCUCACGGCCCUGUUCUCUGCUGUCGCGGUGCUCAAGAGACUGGCGCCGGAUACCGGACCGGACAGUACGACUCCUUGGCGGCGCGGCUCGGCGGAGAGCGCGCGCGAGGGCUGCGGCGUGGCGGUGGUGCGCGUUGCGCUGCCGGACGAGUGCCGCGGCUCCAUCCGGCGCGUGGCGCUGCCGUGCCGGCCGGGAGCGCGCGCGCGCGACCUGUGCCGCGCGCUGGCGCACGCCGCGCACAUCACCAACCCGCAGGACUACGCGCUCUUCGCACUGCACGACGGACAGGAAACAAUGUUGAACGAAAAUGAUUGCCCUCAAGAGGUAAUGUCGGAAAAAAGUGGACAAAACUUCAUUCUCGCUUAUAAGAGGAUAGACGCUAAAAUCGCGUGGCCUCAGCAGGCUCUGCUCUCUUAUCCGUAAAUGACUCUCUCACUAGCGUCGUAAGCAGAAAUCUCACUCAUUGAAAACGGACAAGGUGCGGAACAAAUAAAAUAUAACAAAAGUUAUGGACGACUUUAAAUGGUAAAGUCGAAAGAGGUUGUCGACGAGCUCAUUACCAACAAAUACAUUAUAAUUGACUCUGGAAAAUAUAUUUUUGUCAUCUAAUAGUGAUAUUUUCUACGAUAUUAGCCAACUGUAUCUACCGUUAUUGUAGUCUUGUAUAAGUACAUUGCGCCUAGGCAGUAUUUUUCAAGCCUUGCUAUCGCUUCUCGUAUUUGCGUACUAAUUAAUGUCUUUUCCAUGUAGCUUUUUUACCCCAUUAGUGUUUAACAUUUUAUAUACUUCGACUGAAUAAUCAUGAUCCUCUCAAAUGUUUUGUACAUUUGUAUUACGCGUGUUUUUAAUAAGUUCGUGUGGUGUAAGUUUUAUAAUAAGUUGUUUUAUUUUAUAAUUAACUUAAACCGACGAUCGUUACCUUAAAAAGGUAGCUUUUUAGUCGGAUGUAUGUAUGUAUAUGUUCCUAAAUUACAAAAUGUACACUGAAAUAACUCACCAAAUUGUUGUUUUUAGUUUGUAGUAUAUCUGAAAGUUUUUCUAGUUCGAUAUUUCGUUUGAACGUCUAUUCUAACUUUUAUAAACGCUAACUUGUUUAUUGAACUGUGAUGUAAUUUGUAUUAGUAAAGUAAGUUUGUAUUAAUUUUGUAUAUUCGUAGAGGAUUUUCUUAAUAUAAUUUAUUUAUGUAUAGCUUAAGGAAGUGUACGGAUCAGGGGAAUGAUGAAUAAAUUUUGGCAGAGAAUAAUGUCACUUAGUUAAAACGAGUAACUUCUUUUAAUUGACUUUGAAUUAAUAUGGUUUAAAAAAUAACAAUAACAAAAGUCAAGUAAAAUAUUUAACACCAAAAACAACCAUCAAAAUGUUUUAAAAACGCCAUAGAUAUAAAAAUUAUAGAGCUAACGUUUAUUCAUCAAUUAAUAUAUUCAGAUAUGAUGGCAUUUUAUUUUUCACAACAAUACUAUUUUUAAAGUCUUAACGUUAUUACCUAGAAUACAUUUUGUUCAGAACAUUUACUUAAAAUGAUAACUUAUUAUAUAUGUAAUUUUAUUUCAUUAACAAAAUCAACAUUCGUCGUUAAAGUAAACCAAAUGAAGCGGUACACUAAUCCCUUACAUAGCAAAUUCGGUUUUAUUUCAAAUGGUUCAUACAAAAAAAACCUUUAAAAUAAAAGUUAUCAAGGCCUAAAUAUUUCUACUCGAAUAGACCAUGCAAUGGUAUCAUUAUUAAUAAUUAAUGAUGCACGUGAAGAUGGGAUAUGAUAAAAAUGGUCAAAUUAUAGUAAUUAAUAAAUAUCAAAUUGAUUCAAAUUCCACUUGUAAUCAUGACAUACAAAUAAAUAAGUAUGUCCUAUGAUAAAAUUGCAGUCGUUUAUUGCUUUACAGUAAUUGUGUAUUUGGUUUUGUUUACUUCAUUAUUUUAGAUUUGGAACGUAUCUUUUAACUAAAAUAUAUUUUGUCUCAGUCUUUUCAAAGAUAAGUCUAAUAUGUAGGAAAGAGACAGACAUUACAUUGCUUUUUAAUUUUUUCUUAAAAUAUCAUUCAUAAGAGUUUGCUUAUAAAUAUUACAAAGUCUGAACGCUUGUGUACACAAAUACCUUAAUAUUUACAUACAAGUACAUUUUUUAUAAAUUGUGUGUUAUUAGAUAUACAUUUCGCUUACUACCUUUUAUUCUAUGGGAUGCAUAUAUAUACACUAGGUUCUAUUAUUAAUAGUAUACAAUAUAUUAAUACGUAAAUUCAGCUUAAUAUUUUACUACGUAUUUGUAAUACAGUUUUCUGAUACGUAUGUUUAUUAAUAAAUAAUGUCGGUGCCACAUAUCUGAAUAUCUAACAAAACAUACAGUAUUAUAGCGAAUUGUCUAUGACGUUCCAACUGAAUCAUCUUUAAUAAUAAAUAAAACAUUUUGUCUGAGACGUUGAAUCGGAAACAAUACGUAUAUCAAUUCGUCGUAAUACUGUGUUAACUACGAUUUUGUAUUUAUUGCAGUCUUGUAUUUUAAGGUUAGCUAACACGUAUAUUGUGUUUUGAUAACAAUUUCAGUCAUUUGUGAAAAAUAAAAACAUUUUUAC